AUGGAGCGUCACAAUUGUUUUAUUAGACAAGCGCUAGAUGAAACAUUAAGUCAGUAUGCAACUGCUUUACACAACUUGAGUGCGACUUGUGAAUUUGGUAAUCUGCGGGAAGACCUCGUUAAAGACAUUUUUGUAUGCGGAUUGUCGCCAAACUUCAAAAAUAUCAAGGAGCGCCUUUUAAGCGAAGGUGAAAUUAAAUGGCAAAAAGCAUUCGAAAUUGCCAGAAGCAUUGAAAUGGCAAGGGAGAACGCAGCAGCAACGCAAACAACAACAACAACAUCUGACGAGAUGAUAGCAGCGAUAAAAAGUCGUGGCAAAGAAGGCAAAAGAACAACGGAGCCGUUCCAACAGCAGAAGAAGCAGACAUCAGGCGAUCGAUGCAAAAAAUGUGGUCAGGUACAUCGUGUCAAGUGCCCGGCCGAAGGUGCAAUAUGUCACAUAUGCAAAAAACCGAAUCACUUCGCUAAAAUGUGCUUUACAACCAACAACAAACAGACGGAGCAAAGAAGGAAGAAAAAAUUCGUAAAAAAUAUCACCGAGGAACGGACUGGGAUUGAAGAAGAUGAACUCUACAACGAUUUGUUUGUGGGCCUGCUUCAGGAAACAAAGCCAAAAGAGACUAUGAAAGAAUGGAACGUCGAUGUGGAUAUAAAUGGAUUCAAAGUCAACUGUCAAAUAGAUACGGGCGCGCAGGCGAAUCUGAUGUCGGUAAAAAUGCUUAAAAAACUAGACGUAUGUAAGAUUAAUAAAAAGGUAUUGAACAAUAUUGUUACGUUCAGUGGUGAAAAGCUUCCAGUAGUAGGGUGCGCUGAUUUGAAAGUGCGAUUCGACGAUGCUACAUAUUUUGCAAAAUUUUAUAUUUUAAAUAUGGAUUGUAAAAGUGUUAUGGGUUUGGAUUUGGCGGUAAAAAUGAAUUUGGUGCAAAUAGUGAAGUCGAUAAAAUGCAAAGAUAUUUUAGAAAAAUACGUUGGGGUAUUCAACGGUCUAGGUCAAUUGCAAAAUAAAAGUCACUUGCAGUUAAAAGAAAGUAGUCAGUAG